UAUUAGUUAUUUUGUGUAUAGAAUUGUGUAUCACUUACCUAUUUACGUUUAGGACACAGACUGGUGGUUUGACUACUGCUGAGGCCCAAAAGCGUACUGAGAAAUUCGGUCCUAACAAGCUUGAGACUAAGGAAGUUAACCCUCUUAUGAUGUUCUUGGGUUUCAUGUGGAAUCCUCUUUCAUGGGUCAUGGAAGCUGCCGCUAUUGUUGCCAUUGCUCUUUCCAACGGUUUCGGUCAACCUCCUGAUUACCCUGAUUUCAUUGGUAUUGUUCUCUUGUUGCUUGCUAACGCUACUAUUGGUUACUUGGAAGAACGUCAAGCUGGUAAUGCUGUCAAGGCUUUGAUGGCUUCUCUUGCCCCCGAAUGUAAGGUUAGACGUGAUGGUGAAUGGAAGACCCUCGAAGCUGCUGAACUUGUUCCCGGUGAUAUUAUUAGUAUCAAGCUUGGUGACGUUAUUCCCGCUGAUGGUCGUUUGCUUUCUGCUCACGGUGAUGUUUCUAUCGAUCAAGCUGCUCUUACUGGUGAAUCCUUGCCCGUCGGAAAAGAAGCUGGUGAUGAAGUUUUCUCAGGUUCCACUGUUAAGCAAGGUGAAGCUGAAGCUGUUGUCAUUGGUACUGGUACCAAUACUUUCUUCGGCCGUGCUGCUAAACUUGUCGGUGAAGCCGGUGAUGAUGUCGGUCACUUGCAAUCUAUCUUGGCCAAGAUUGGUAACUUCUGUUUAGUCACUAUCUGUACUUUUAUGGUUAUUGUCAUCAUUGUCCAAUACGCUGCUUUCCAUUACGAUUACAGACGUGGUAUUGAUAACAUCCUUGUCUUGCUCAUUGGUGGUAUCCCCAUUGCCAUGCCUACUGUCCUUUCCGUUACCCUUGCUAUUGGUGCCAAGCAACUUGCUGAACACAAGGCCAUCGUUACCCGUAUCACUGCUAUUGAAGAAAUGGCCGCUGUUACCAUUUUGUGUUCCGACAAGACUGGUACCUUGACCUUGAACAAGCUUAUUGUCGAUAAGCCUACUAUCAAGACUUACGGUCCCGAAUACGACGGCGAUUAUGUCAUUCGUCUUUGUGGUUACGCUUCUCGUCUCGAAAACCAAGAUGCUAUCGAUUUCUGUAUUGUCAACUCUUUGCCUGAUCCCUCUAAGGCUCGUGAAGGUGUUGAAGAAUUAGACUUCAAGCCCUUCAACCCUGUCAUCAAGCGUACUGAAAUUACCUACAGAGAUAUUGCUGAAAACAAAGUCUACCGUGUCACCAAGGGUAUGUCUCACAUGAUUUUGGAUCUCUGUUCUCGUGACAAGACCGAUGCUACUAUCAAGGCUCUUAACGACGAUGUCGAUGAAUUCGCUCGUCGUGGUCUCCGUGCUCUUGCUGUUGCUAUUGAUGAAAUCCCUAACGGUCAAGUUGAUGGUGAAGGCAUUGGUUUUAAGCUUGUUGGUCUCUUGCCUAUUUACGAUCCUCCUAGAUCUGAUACUAAGGAAACCAUUGACCGCGCUUUGGCUCUUGGUGUUGCUGUUAAGAUGAUUACUGGUGAUCAACUCGCUAUUGGUAAGGAAACUGGUCGUCGUCUCGGUAUGGGUGACAAUAUGUUCUUGUCCAAGACUUUGAAGGAAGGUCCUCCUCCUGGUUCUGGUUACACUGAUGUUGACCAAAUGGUUCUCCAUGCUGAUGGUUUCGCUGGUGUCUACCCUGAACACAAGUAUGAAAUUGUCGAACGUCUUCAAAACAUGGGUUACAUGGUUGCCAUGACUGGUGAUGGUGUUAACGAUGCUCCUGCUCUUUCCAAGGCUAACGUCGGUGUUGCCGUCGCUGAUGCUUCCGAUGCUGCUCGUUCCGCUGCUGAUAUUGUCUUGACUGCUCCUGGUCUUUCUACCAUUGUUGAAGCCAUCAUUGGUUCUCGUCAAAUUUUCCAACGUAUGCGUAACUAUUCUAUCUAUACCUGUUCCGUUACCAUUCGUGUUGUUGUUGGUUUCUCAAUUCUUAUCUGGGCCUUCCAAUUCGUAUUUCCAAGGAUCGUGUUCGUCCUUCUCCUUUCCCUGAUGCUUGGAACUUGAAGGAAAUUUUCUCUUACGCUAUUGUCUACGGUCUUUAUCUCACUGCUUCCACUGUCGCCUUCGUUGCUGUUGCCAUGAAGACUACCUUCUUCAGCACUAAAUUUGGUGUCAAGCACUUUGAUAAUCCCAACGACUUUGUCCUUCACU